AAAAUGGCGAUAUUUCUUAGGAGUUGGGGUAUUUUGAGGUAAAAGGAUGUGUCGGGCGAAAGUAAGAGGUUUUACGGUGGCGGUGAUCUAACCAAUGAGGGCGGUGAUGGCGGGAGGAUCACGUGACGACCCGUCGUGGCGUGUUGUGCUCGAGCAGGAACAGCAACCAGCCUGCCAGAGGCGCCAGCCAUCUUGAGCAGGAGGGGACCGUGUCGCACCCCUCGCAAACAGGGUGGAUUUCUGAGUCCUAGGCGCGGUAGAUCGGGGCCCUAGGGCCUCCCCCUCACUCUCUGAUAAUCAUGCCGAUCAUACUCUUCGUUAUAGACACCUCCGCGUCAAUGAAUCAACGUACGUACAUGGGCACGACACUACUGGACGUAGCAAAGGGCGCAGUGGAAACGUUUCUGAAGUUGCGCCAGCGGGAUCCUGGCUCGAGGGCUGACCGGUACAUGCUGGUGUCGUUUGAAGACCCUCCGGCCGCCAUAAAGGCUGGGUGGAAGGAGAACCAUGUGGCGUUCAUGAAUGAGCUGAAGAACCUGCAGGCCACAGGUAUGACCACCAUGGGACAGGCUCUCAAACAGGCCUUCGACCUGCUCAACCUCAACAGGCUUGUGUCAGGCAUCGACAACUAUGGACAGGGAAGGAACCCGUUUUUCCUGGAGCCAGCCAUGGUUGUGACGAUCACAGAUGGCAGUAAGCUAACCAGCAGCAGUGGGGUACAGGAGGAGUUAACCCUACCAAUGAACUCCCAACUGCCGGGCGGCGAGCUGACCAAAGAACCAUUCCGAUGGGACCAGCGGCUGUUCUCGCUGGUGCUGCGAAUCCCGGGGGUGGCCUGCCGCGUACAAGAGCCACCUCAGGGCGUCAUUCCAAUGGACGAAUCACCGAUCUCAGUUCUGUGUGAGGUCACAGGAGGACGUUCCUACACAGUGGCCUCCCAGAAGACGUUGCACCAGUGUCUCGACUCUCUGUCCAUGAAGGUUCAGAGUGGAGUGGUGCUGCACUUCGAGAAGAUCGGGCCUGACCCGGAUCCCAAUGGUAAUGGACAAAACCACACAGAGACAGAAGGCACGAUGAAUGGGAUCAUCAGCGCAGACUUAACACACUUAAAGCCUGAGAAAGAUUUGCAAGAGAACAACAAGAGUAUCCUGCGGGCGAAUGCUCCCUCCCCCCUCCCCACCAACACAGCAUGGCACAGCUGUCACAAGCUCAUCUACGUCCGACCCAACCCAAAAACUGGCAUUCCCCUGGGACACUGGCCCAUCCCAGAGGCUUUCUGGCCAGAUAGCAAUGCACCCACACUGCUUCCUAGGAAUGCCCAUCCCAUGGUGAAGUUCACCUGCACCAACAGUGAGCCGAUGGUGAUUGAUAACCUGCCGUUUGACAAGUAUGAACUGGAGCCGUCACCUCUUACACAGUUUAUACUGGAGAGGAAGUCUCCCACUACAUGUUGGCAGUGCUUUGUGCCGAGCAGUGGGAGGUACAGCGACAUCGGACACCCGUUUGGGUACCUGAAGGCCAGCAUGAGCAUGACAUGUGUCAAUCUGUUCAUCAUGCCGUACAACUACCCCGUACUGCUGCCACUUCUGGAUGAGUUGUUCAAGGUGCACAAGUUGAAGCCCAAUGCAAAGUGGAGAACAGCAUUCGACAACUAUUUGAAGAGUAUGCCUAGCUACUACAUGGGUCCGUUAAAAGCAGCCCUGCGGAGGAUGGGUGCUCCCCAGUUGAUCCCCGACCACCUGGACAUGUGUCUGUCCUACAGCGUCAUCUCCUACCUCAAGAAGCUCAAGCAACAGGCCAAGUUGGAGAGUGACAGAAUAAUAGCUUCAGUAGGAAAGAAACCCCCACAAGACAGUGUCAUCAGAGUUGUACCAAGGUCCACCCCCGCAUCCCCAGCUCUCCGUACAGACUUCCAGCAGGUUCUCCAGUCCAUCACGGGAGAGUCCCCGCUCCCGGCGCCAAUCCGUACCGACUCCACCGAGUUUCCCGGCUUCUCCAUCGCGGUGGCGGACUGGGAGCUUCGGGCGCAGAGCUACCGGAACCCGUUCGACAUCCCGCGGGGCGGACUGCUGGACCAGGUACAGAGGAUGAGGAGGAACCUCAUGCAGACGUCACCCUCGCACAUCAAGUUUGUCGAUGAAGACCAACUCCACAGCAUUCCUGUUCAGCAGAUGGGGAACUACCAGGAGUACCUGAAGAAACAGCCACAGCCGCUCCGGGAGGUGGAACCUCAGCCGGUCAGACUGCACACCUUCGGCAACCCAUUCAAACUGUCCAAGGACAUGAGCAUGAUGGUAGACGAGGCAGAUGUGGAUAACCUGCUGCAGGGUCAGCAGGGGAAGAACAAACGACAGAUGGACACACCACCGGGGUCACCAGGACCCCCAGGAAAGCGUGCCCGGUCCCUGUCACCCGGCCCCUACAGAAGACCCCAGGCCACCACAAACGAGUCCAGCCAGAAGGACAGCCAGAAGAGACCAGCUUCUGCACCUCCUACUGUGGGAAAACCAGCAGCAAACUCAGAAGUAGACGUGAAAAACUCGGACGGUUCUGUGAGCGAGAAAAUGGCCGUAGAUGCUGCACCAAACACGGACUUGACGAACCACCUCAACGGAGACAAAGGGAACCAGUCAAAGAUCCCGGGGAACAAUCCUCUCGUUCACGAGGGAAGAAACGCCGGGAAGAAACGGACACCGUCUCCUGCGGAUCUACAGAGAGUGGAGAGAGAAAACGCCAAGCUGAAAACUUCCAUCUUCAGGGAACUCAGGAGGCCAGGAAGACCUGAUGAUGCAAUCUUGGCCCUGCUAGAGCAGGUGGAGGGUCCGUUACCCCUGAGACUGUCGCUGCUAGACGACGUGAUACAAGAGGCCGCGCGGUUCAAACGGAGAGUUCUUAUCGACAUGCUGCAGUCCUUCCGCAAACAAACCACCAAGAUGAACAGGCCCAGGAAAGUUCACGGACACAAGCGGACAGACAGUAGCUCCAGUACGUCCAGUACCAGUUCAGCAAGUAGCAUCAAUAGAUAGCACCAGAGAUAACUAUACGGGCUAUUUCAUUUUCAAGAAGUUCUUUGACAAGAUCAGGAUGGUUUUUCAAUCUCCCAACCUUUCACAUAUCCAGCAUAUUCACUCUGUUUGAAUGUUUUUUUUUCUAUAUAAUGACACAUUGUUAAUCUCCAAGUAGAGGUAGAAAGGCAAAAUCAAGCUCUCGGUUCUAGGGUUGGACAAGUCCACUAGCCCGAUUGUCCCAGGCAAGUGAAAGUGCUGAUUGGGCAAGUAAGAUUUCUCCAUGAGUGAGACUUUGAUGCACUUGUUACUUUUGAAAGUCAGGGUAUCAAGCAUUGGUCAACACAGAAAACUAGAGCCAAUAACAAAAUAAUUCCAUUGCUGGAAGUGAAAAUACACAGAAAAAUGUCUUUUAAAUUUUGGGCAAGGGAAAAGUUGGUUCG